AAUAACGAACCGCAAGGGCUUGGGGAUUUCAGCAAAUCAAACCAGAGCCAGAGGAGGAUUCGACAACAACGCUGCAAAUCCCUCCUCCUCCCCUCCUUCGAUUCCCUCAUAGCUGAUAGAUAUCCAGUCAUGUCUUGGUGCACAAUUGAGUCUGAUCCUGGUAAAUCCAAAGUCAAGUAAAAGGAGAAUCCAAAAUCAACGCAUGCGUAAAAGUUGCUUACUAAAAGAACAUGUAAUUGUUUGUUCUAUAUUGCUAAAAUUCAAGCCCUCCUUCAUUGGCUCAAUAGUAAGGUUACCACUAAUUCAAAGCAUAGCUGCAUAAAAGGCGUUUUUACUGAACUUAUUCAGCAGAUGCAAGUAAAAGGCGUACAGGUGGAGGAGUUGUAUUCAUUGGACAUCGAUUCUCUGAAUAAUUUUAGGCCUGUAUAUGGGUUGAUUUUUCUUUUCAAAUGGCGUCCAGGGGAAAAGGAUGACCGUGUUGUAAUCAAGGAUUCAAACCCUAACUUGUUUUUUGCGAGUCAGGUUAUCAAUAAUGCUUGUGCAACACAAGCUAUCUUGUCUAUCCUCAUGAACUGUCCCGAUGUUGACAUUGGCCCCGAGUUGUCGAAGUUGAAAGAAUUCACCAAGAAUUUUCCACCUGAGCUCAAAGGUUUAGCAAUCAAUAAUAGUGAAGCUAUACGGGCAGCCCAUAAUAGUUUCGCAAGGCCUGAGCCUUUUGUUCCAGAGGAGCAGAAGGCAGCGAGCAAAGAUGAUGAUGUGUACCAUUUUAUAAGCUACCUACCUGUUGAUGGGGUUCUGUAUGAACUUGACGGAUUAAAGGAAGGACCCAUCAGCCUUGGUCUGUGCUCUGGUGGGCAAGGCGACAUGGAUUGGCUGUCAAUGGUGCAACCGGUAAUCCAGGAACGCAUUGAAAGGUAUUCCCAGAAUGAGAUAAGAUUCAAUCUCAUGGCAGUCAUCAAGAAUAGGAAAGAGAUGUAUACUACAGAACUGAAGGAGCACCAGAAGAGGAGAGAGCGUAUCUUGCAGCAACUGGCUGCCCUACAGCCAGAGAGACUGGUGGGCAAUAGUAAUGUUGAAGCGUUAAACAAAUCUCUCUCGGAAGUGAAUGCUGGAAUAGAAGCUGCUACUGAGAAGAUUUUAAUUGAGGAGGAAAAGUUCAAGAAAUGGAGAACAGAAAAUAUUCGCAGGAAGCACAAUUAUAUCCCUUUUUUGUUCAACUUCCUUAAGAUUCUUGCUGAAAAGAAGCAGUUGAAGCCCCUAAUUGAGAAGGCCAAGCAGAAAACAAACAACUCUAGAUGAAUCAUAUUUCUUGUUUGUUGUAACCUCAGUUUUAUGGAGCUAUAUUGAUUUUAAAUCAACAUCCAAGGAUUUCGUGGUCA